CCUUUAGGCUUUCGGUAUUAAAAAACAAAUCGUGCUCUUGUCAUCGGUCACCGGUCGAUCCAUCCCAAUUCGUUAGGUUGAAGACAGUAGCCCCGUGGGUGGAACGUCUAUUCAACUUCAGCCUUCAAGGUUCUGAUUCAACCAUCUCCUCUCACCAAAAUCCAUUGGACUUAGCACAAUGGAGCAAAAUUUGAAAUUCAUAUCUUCUCGUUCUAAGAGUUUACUGCAGAGUGAUGAUUUGUACCAGUAUAUCCUGGAGACUAGUGUGUACCCACGUGAACCAGAACUUCUGAAGGAGUUAAGGCAUAUCACUGCUGGCCACCCACGUGCUAGGAUGGCUACUGCACCAGAUGCAGCCCAGUUGAUUGCCAUGCUGUUGAAGCUAGUAAAUCCAAAAAAGACUAUUGAAGUUGGAGUUUUCACAGGAUACUCUCUUCUCCUCACUGCUCUUACAAUUCCAGAGGAUGGCAAGAUUACAGCCAUAGAUAUAAAUCAGGAGACAUUUGAGAUUGGGUUGCCGAUAAUUAAGAAAGCCGGUGUUGCAGAUAAAAUUAAUUUCAUUCAGUCUGAGGCUUUACCAGUCCUUGAUCAGCUUUUACAAACUCAUGAAAAUGAAGGGAGUUUUGAAUUUGCUUUCAUCGAUGCGGACAAGGUUAAUUAUUGGAGCUACCAUGAGCGGUUGAUGAAACUGUUAAAGGUGGGUGGGGUGGUUGUCUAUGAUAACACGCUGUGGGGAGGAACAGUUGCAAUGCCUGAUGAGUUGGUUCCAGAGUUCUUGAAACAGGGCAGGCAGUUUACAAUUGAGUUUAACAAAUUACUUGUAGCUGAUCCCCGCGUCCAAAUUUCACAUGCUUCAAUAGGUGAUGGUAUCACCAUCUGCAAGCGGCUCUACUGAACAGUGCUUGUAACCUCUCUUUAAUUUACUUGCCUUAUCAUAUAUUUUGUGAGUAAUACUCCCCUUAUCAUAUACAUAUAGAGCUUCAAUGUACAAUUCACCUCAACUACAUAUGAACAACUAUUUGUGAUUUUGAAAUCAGAGAAACUGAGGUUGCUGAAAAACAGAUGGCUUCACCAGUCCACUGCGGGCGGUUUUCUGUGUUUUAACUUUUAUUAUCAGAAAACAGCAUUCUGAGCUGAAAACAGCCCACACCAUUCGCUUCUUUGUU